AUGCGUUCCACAGCGCUCGUCGCCUGCCUCGUGGCCCUGAGCAGCACCGCCCUCGCCGCGUCCAGCGACUCGUGCCAGGCACAAAACAUCGUCGACGCCUGCGUGGCCGGCUACCAAGACCGCAUCCAGAAGUGCACCGACAACAACGCAAACGACUGGAUCUGCUUGUGCGACGUCUACACCGACGUGCUGACGUGCUACAACAACUGCCCGGACAGCAACGAAAAGCCGCCGGUGCAGAACCAGGUCACGCAGUACUGCACUGCCGCCGAGCCGCUUCGCGUCGCGUCCUCGGCCUCCCUCGCCAGCGUGGCCAAGACGGCUACCCCGGCGCCCUCCACCUCGGCAUCUGCCGCCGCCGCCACGGGCUCGGCCACAGGCUCCGCUACAGGCUCGGCCACAGCAACGGGCUCCGGCGCAGCAGCAACCGCGUCGGCGUUUGCUACAGGCGCGGCCUCGUCGCUGACCACGCCCGCUGGCGCCGCCAUCGUCGCGCUGUUUGCUGCUGCGGGGCUGUUUUAG